CCCUGAACUGGAGGUGGCUCAGGGAAAAAACAGCAGUGUAACUUGAAGGAAUCUUGUAGCUUGAAAAAGAGUUUGGGAGUCUCAGCCAUCCUUCUCCACUCUCAGGACUAUAGAGGCAUGAGGUGGAGCUUUGUAGUUCUGAGAAAGGAUAGAAAAGCAAGGAAAAAAAAAAAAUCCAAAGUGAAGGAGCCCCCUUGAGAGCUGAAAACCACCCUUCCCUGAUGCGGAAAAACACGUCAUUUAUACUGUUUCUGACAGACUGCAACUGCUUUAAGUUAAAAUGAAUGUGUUGCCUCAAGCAGUUCUCCAAAGCCCAGGGGAGCAUCCUAGGUUCCUAGAGCAGGCUGUUUACCCCUCAUUAGACUUUGCAAGGAUUCAUUUGAUCAAAGACAAAGAUGGCAUAGAUGAUUAUUUGGAGAAGAAUAUCAAAGGGUUGUCAAAACAAGAAGCUGCCGCUAACAGGAAUUCAUACAAGAAGAACAUCUGCAUAGACAUGCUGCGACAGGGUUAUCACGAGUCCUUCUCCGAGCUCUUCACUCUGAUACAGAAGUGGAAUGCCUUGAGGGAGGCUGCAGGGCCUGGGUCAGCCAUAUGGCAGCAGAAGUCCCUGGAGGAGCAGCCUGAUAAGCUGGAUCAGCUUCACCACUUCCUGACCAGGGCUGAGGCAGCCCAGAGAGCAGGGCAUUAUGAGAAGGUGUACGAUAACCAGCUUAACUUGGCCUACUGUUUCAAUGACUAUGAGGACAAAUGGUUACGUAAUUACUUUUAUGAGAAAUGCUUUAACACUGCUCAACUAGCAAAAAUCGAUGGUGGGAAACGAGAGGCACAAGCACAUGCAAAUAUGGGCCUCCUCAAUGAGGAACAAGGUCAUGUCAUGAAAGCUGCUGAGCAUUAUGAAGCAUUUUAUGAGCUAUCAGAUGGCUCAGAAUGGAAGGAUGAGACGGGCCAUACUUACAAUUCACGGGCAUGUGAGCUUCUCUGGAGAAUUUAUACAUUACUAGCAGACAAUAUGCUAGAAAAUAAAGAACACCAACAGGCCAUCAAAACGCUAAUAAAAGCUUUAAAAAUGGCAAAAGAAGGAGGUAAUGUGAAGUUGGAAGGAGAAGCUGCAUAUUGUUUAGGUUUAGCACAUCAUUUUGCUGGAGAACAAAAGGCAGCGUUAUCAGUUUUGAAAACCUCUGUUAAAAUCUUCACAUCACUUUGUGAUUCUGGUGGCCUAGGCAGAGCGUAUGCUGCUAUAGCCAAGAUCCUGGUAAGUCAGGGAAAAGCAGAUGAAACAUUUAAGCACUUGGAAGAGUUUAUGAAGGCUGCUGAGGACCCUCAUCUAAGCCAAAGCCUGGUGGAUGCACGUGUAUUACUUGGGAACAUUUACAAUUUAAGAGGAAACUAUAAUGAAGCUUUUGAAUAUUUCAGUCAGGCUUCUGAGGCAGCAAAAACUUCAAAUAGUUUGCCCUUAGUGGAUGAAACAAAGACUUAUUGUGGCAUUGCAAAAGCUCAUAAACUGAUGGUGGCAUUUAACAGCCAUAUAGAAGCAGAAGAUCCCAUCAACCUCAAGUACCUGCUGGCAUGGAAGGAUAACAGAAGUGACAUGUGCACUGACCCUCUUACAGUCGAACUUGAUAAAGAAACAAGUGCUUCAAAGUCCCCGUGAGCCUCGUCCAAAGACACCAGUUCUAGAUCCUUCCUGGUACAGUAUUUGCUCUGUAUCCAUAGUCAUUAUACCAAUAUGUUGAUUUUCACAAAAUGUCAUUGGUAUCAAAAUUUAACCAGAUUUUGACAGGCAAUUGCACAUCCUCUCUGUUUUAUUUUGUCCGAACAACAAUACUUUUCUAGCACAUAAAUGAACAAAUUCACACUUCCUUCAGAUUUUUUACUUGUUUUCCCAGUUUUAGAAUUUAAUUGCCUUUGAUCAUGUAAUUGCUUUUAAUUUACAGAAAUAAGCCUUCGAGAUAGAAACAAAUAUAUUAACCAGAUGCUGAACUUAAAUGUAAGACAAGUAGAUAUGAAAUUGUAUAUAUAAAUUUGCAACAUUUACCUUUUCUUUGGCUGUUUUUCAUUAUAGAUAAUGACUGCUUACUAACAUAGAAGCUGAUAGAUGUAUAAUGAGUACAGGAAGAUCAUUGAAGAGUCAUGCAACAAAGUAGGAAUUUCGGUAGGAAUUUUGUCAUUUAAAUGAGAGCACAGUGUUGAAAUAAAAACAUUAGGGAGUUUUAAGUUCUUUUAUGACUGAAGUGAGGCUUCAAUAUGUUUUACAUUCUUUUAUUAACAAUAACUGGUGUCAUUGAAAUAAAUACAACAGGAAAGGAGUAAUAUGGAAUAGAAAGUUUGCAUUUUGUACCCCUAGUGCUUAUUGUCCUCUGAAGUGUCAAGAUCCUCCAGUUAAGAUAUUAAACAUCCUUUAUGCCUAUUGAAUAGGAAUCCAAGAUGCUCGACACUUUGUAAAAUCAGAUUCUAGAUGUUUGUUCCUUUCAGAAAAAAUAAACUACAAGCUUGAUGCCUUAUUCAUUGGACUAUCAGUGAUUAUAGCAUCUGUGAUCAACAGUUGCAGUUCAGCUGUAACUGGAAUAGAAUACAUCCAGCCUUGGUGGUACUCUAUUGCAAUUUUGACCUAAUCUCUAACACAGAUUGGACCCAAAACACAACUAAGUUUGUUUAAAAUCUAGUUGAGCCCAUUCAGGAAACUGUUGAAAGCCUGUACAAACAAAGCAUUUGAAAUGCCAUUCAUUGUCUCAAAUGCAACAUCAGUCUAUAGACACAGCUGAAACAACUGUAUUUAACAAUGAAAAUGUGUCUAGUGGAAUACCUGUAUGUCACAUUUUCAAAACGUAACCUGAAAUUUCCUUUUCAGCAAAGCCUGUGUUCAUUCACACACUCAGGUAAACUAAAAUUUUGCAUAGAUUCUUUUUGAUAAAUAAUCUGAAGCACUGAUUUUGGAGUGAAGGGGGGAAUCAUCUCCGCUUUUGAGCUGGUGGAAUUCUUAAAGGAGUGUUCCCCACAUGUCCCACAGUAGUCUGACUCCUAUGGUCUUCACAGUCCUCAGAGGGCAUUUUCCACUGUUGGCCCAAAGAAGAGACAGAGGACAGAAGACAGCAGUCAUUACUUUGCAAAAUAUACAUAAAAGCAGAAUUUGGAACCUUUGAAUUUCAUUUAGGAAAAUUGAUGCACACUUUCAUAAUUUUGUGUGUUAGAAAAUCUGUUCUUUAAGACUAUAUAAACAAAGCUUUAUGAAUCCCAGUAGCUGACCAUUCCUUUCCCUAUAAACGGAGGUUCCCAGUUUCAGAGUUUGAAGCGAGGUCCAUUACACUCGUAACCAGUUUUUAUGACAGUCUGAGCAAGCUGUAGCUCUUGUCGUAGUAAUAACUCAAUUCACUGGCUUUCUUAAGGAUUGCAAUUUGAGUAACUGUUUGGCACGUGACAGUAGAAGUUCUCCCUGUUAAGAUAUGGUAAAAAUUUAUCAUUAACUAUCUCUUAUUAGACCAUUUAUGAUCAAGAUGCUGUGUACAUGCAAUGUAAAUACAAAUAUCGCAAUAAUUUUAUUCUUUUCCUUAGAGGUCUUUAUUGUCUGAACAUCAAGCUUGUCACAACAAUAUUCAUUUAGAAUGUUUUUACGAGUCUAAAAAGUUGUACAGGAGUGUUCCUUCAUGCAAUUAUGCAUGCACAUAAGCAUACAAAUCUCUUUACUGGGUGUUAAAAAGAAGUAAACAUUUUAAUAAAACCAGGAAGAGAAACAGGACCAUGAAUUAAAUAUAAAUAACAACAAUAUAAGGGUUUACCCCUUAUAUUUUAACACUGUAUUUAAUAAUAUGAAAUACGAAAAAAUUAUAAAACCAGGAAACUUUUGCAAAUGAUAUCUGAAAAUCACAUUAAUCUGCAAACUCUUUUAAUCUGAAUAAAUAUAGCAUGACUGCUUGUGAGAGGCUGCUAUUUUUAGAUAUUCGUAAUUUCUUUUAUCAGAAAAUUGUCAAUAGAAAUGGAGUAAUUGAAUUUAUCCUUCAUAGUAAAAAAAAAGUAUAAAAUAACAUAAAACAAGCAGACAUUCUAGAAAAGACAAUUAUCAAUUUUUCAAGGUCAUGUUUCUAAAUCCUUAAGGGGUUUGAACCUCAAGUACAUUUCUGCAGCAACUGAGCAUUCUGUUUAUGUGCCCCAAAGUUAUUAUGCAGUUACAUUAAAUAGCAUCCAUAAUCACUAUUUUUUGCUAAUCUGCAUUUGUUACUAAGUGAUAACUAUUUUUAUGCUUGUAAAAAAAUGGUCACAAAUACAUCCUCUGGAGAUGAGCUCUCCCAUACUUUUUAACAGUGCUUUUUACUCAUAAAGCUUUUAAUAAAUAUAAGGGGAUUUUUAUCAUCCUAUAAUAAUAUAAAUGCUAGUUGUGUUCUUCAAAUUCAGGAAGCAUUGGGAAAAAAAAUAUAUUUAUUGAGCUAAAUGUCCCUGCCUCCCAUCCCAGUAACAAUUUGUCUCAGUAACUAUCGGUCUGGCAGAAUGCAGGCGUUGUUCUGCUCCUUGCAGACGUUUUCAGGGAGAAAAAGAAGGCUCUGCUUUCCCCAUCAAAUUAAUGGGCCAAGGAGGUUAGGCAGAAUGUCGUGCCAUACAUUAUACUUUGGACAGGAUCCUGGAAUAAACCUCUCAGCUGUUAGGAGUCAGAGCCCCUUGGGUCAUAGGCAGGCCUCGGUGUAACGCCUCGCGUGAUCCAGCCGAAAGCACAGGGCUCACUGGUACUUGGCUACAGUUUCAACUCGGUAUUUCUUUAGAAGAAAAAUCACCACUUUCUGAAUUAGCAGUGGUGCUUCCAACAUCACUUUUGUUGGUGAUCUCCUGUUAGACAUAGUAUCACUCAUGAGAUCUGCUAAGAUCGGAACUCAAGUUAGUGUAAUGGAACUUCUGUUCUUUCUCUACGUAAGAGAUGCUCUAAUUUCUUUAAGAAGCUCCAUGUAUGGAACAUAAUUAUUCUCCACUCUGCCUGGUUCAUUAUCAUUGCAAUCUUUCCUCCGGAAAGCCUCUAAUCCAGAGUUUUUCCAGAAAGUUUUUCCGGAAAGCCUCUAAUCCCUUGACCCUUAGGACUUCAGUCAUAAAGGAGGACUCAUGUGAGAGUACAAAUUGCAGUUGCAAGUUUUUCUGUGCUCUGAGAAAUUAUAGGCACAGUUGACUUUAAUGAAGUUAGGAAAGCAGGUAAAUCAAUUGAGCCUAUAAUGCCAGUUGUCUCUUUCAAAACAAAGAUUUGUCAAAGAUAUUACAGCAGAUGAAUCUCUGAACAGUUCUGAAGUGUAACAUUGAUGUCUCUAAAACCUACAUCUUGUGGGUGCCUAACCUGUCUGAGACUGGCAAUUCAGACUGUUUUUUGCAUAGGGUUUGAGUAGGAUUCACCAUCGAUGUGUCAGAUGGUAUUGACUAACAAUUCAUAACAGAGGGGAAGGUUGUAUCUCAGAAAGGACUCUGUUUAUAAUUAUGAAAAGCAUGUUUUCUGACCAUUAAUAGAGUAUAUCUUGUUAAUUAGGAUGAUAUAUAAGGUAUUUCACCUGUGAAGCCAUUUAGAAAAUUAAUGUUUGAGUCACAGAAAGGUCAUUGCCACUCUGGAAGGAAUCCAUUCAUCUCUAAAUAGGCCAUCCAAAUAUAGACUAAGAAAUACAUUAUAUAUAAUUACCUAGAAAUAGACGGAAUAAAUAAGAUUAAUGAUAGAUAUUACUAAAGGCCCACUUUAGUUUCCUGCUAGGAAAAAGUAGAACAUAACUCGAAGAAACAAUAAUAAACAUGUAAAAAUGCAAGAAAUAGGUUGAAGUCUUUAAGUAGUUAUGUGAGAUUAAGCUAUUACACACGAGGUGAGAACUCAUCAGUCUUCAGAAGCAGUGUACCUCAAGGACUUUGUCCUAAGAUUCAGUCAGGUAUCCUACAAAAAAAGAGAAUGAGGAGGAAUUAUUUUCAGAACUGUGUCAUUUUUGACAGCAUUAACUUCAUAAUAUCUUUGUAUUUGCCACACUUAUUCUUACGAGUAUAUAGGAUGUAUGCGCUGUCUUUGAAGAUAAACAAAUAAACACAUUAAUUAAUAUUUCCAUGUGUGAGUCUUCUUUUGACACA